UCUAUAAAACGACACAUGAUAAAUAUUAUUAAAAAAAAUCAUGAGUUAGAUUUUUCAGGCUGCGUGUAAUGUGAGAUUCGAUAAUAGUCCUUACUUCUGUCGGGUGUCAUCCCGCUUAGGUAUGAAGUUCUUGAUUAAAUCCUGAGCAAUGGCAGACACGGAUCCCGCUGGACCGGCUGUAUCGAACAAACGUUCGGACAAAAAGGCUUCUGCUCCAAACCAGGACGGUUUGGCGACAGACUUAAAGCUAGAAAUCCCGGAGACGUCUUCGAAAACAGCCCUUACUACCCCAGACGACUCAAAAGAUAAAAAGAAAGACAAAGGAAAAAAAGGUAAAAAAGAAAUAGCGUCUCCUAAAACUGAUCCGCCCGUCGAAGAAAAAGAAGAAGUUAAAGAAGAACCGGCCCCCACCGCUAAAGGUAAAAGAGGCAAGAUAAAAGAAGAAGCACCUAAAGAGCCAGCUGAAAAAUCUAAAAAAGGGGUAAAAGAACAACCCGAGGAAGACGGAAAACAAUCUAGGAAACCAAAAAGAGGUGGAAAGGGGAAGGCAGAACAACGUGCAGAAUCAGACGAACAAUUGGUGAUAACAUCGAGUGCAGUUUCAGAAGCGUCGCAGCCGGCCACCACAGAAGAGUUCAAACCAGAAUUAGAGCGGGAAAAGUCAAAAGAUACAAAAACUGGCGAGACCGCCCAAGAUGCUCUUUCUAUAAAAAAAGAGCAGUCCCGAAGCAAAGAAGGGAGCAAAACCCCCAAAUCGCUUAAAGCAGAUAGUAAAAAACCUGAAGAUAAAGCAGCAACUAAAUCUGUAGAAAAAUCAGUAGAAAAAUCUACAGAAAAAUCUGUUGAAAAAGUAGGAGACAAACGGUCGGAAAAAUCUGUAGAAAAAGUAGCAGACAAACAGUCAGAAAAAUCUGUUGAAAAACAGGUUGAAAAACGUGCUGAUAAAUCUGCAGAAAGACAAGUGGACAAACGUUCGGAAAAAUCUGUAGACAGGCAAUCAGAAAAACAGGCGGAUAAAUCUGUAGAAAGGCAAUUAGAAAAACGAGCAGAUAAAUCUGCAGAAAGGCAAUCAGAAAAACGAGCAGAUAAAUCAGUAGAAAGGUUACCAGACAAACGGGUAGAAAAGUCUGUAGAAAUACAGGCAGAAAAAUCUGAAACCGAACCGGUAGGAGAGGGAGAACCGCUAAUGGCAACCGAAUCGCAGUUGUCUGUUCUGAAAAGAUUACGGGAAACUGGCGACAGAGCGAGGGCUGCAGGCGUCGAAGUUGAUCAACUCCGUAGAGAAAUUGCCAUUUUUGCAAAAAAACCAUAUGCAUCCAAAGAAGAUAUCAAUCUCAUCAAGGCCAAGCAGGCCCUGCUCAUGCAGAAAAUGGACGAGUUCGUACAAAUUACAAAAGAUAUGGAAAAUAUGAUGGGCCUUAAAGCCGUGAGCAGCAGACAAUUGGGACCGCCAGGGCAAGUCAAGUUCAGAAGGAUCAACGAAGCCGACCUACCGAAAGUUAUCGUUUGUAAAACGGGGAACCAGGAAAUACCCCAAAUAGUAAUUUGUGAACCUGCCUCCAAAGGUUUCCGGGUUGAUAACACGUCGCAAAGCAAAAAACAGAGGUAACUGGACGUCAAAUUCGAAAUCUCAAUAAAAAGUUUAAGAAAAUAUAA